UAUCAAGUUGGCUUACGGCAAAUUCUUAUCGAAAAAUUUUAUAUUUAUUACAUAUUUUUACAGAUAAAAAGAUUAGCACACGUCAGAUAAAGAAUAGCCACGUGUUCGAUUUUUAACAAAGUACAAUUUGCCCGUUAUUAUUGAGCGGUUCGUGGUUUAUAGCAUAAAAUAUUCAAUUAAUCGGCUUUGACAGGAGGCUGGAAUAUUCUUCGGUCCAGAAAUAACAUCUUGCAAAAACAAACGCAUUAUUGGUGUUAUCUGUUAUCACGGGACCAAAGUAUAUUUAAUGCCCUGUUGCCGAUUAAAUUUAAGCAUUUGCUCUGAGUGCAGCGUCGAGUACGUACAUCAUUCAAGAUGACACGUAAGGUCCCAGACAUUAAAUAUACUCAGUUGUUCAUCAAUAAUGAAUUCGUGGAUUCUGUAAGCGGUAAAAAAUUUCCUACUAUAAAUCCAGCUGAUGGCACAGUGAUCGCAGAGAUCUCCGAGGGCGACAAGGCAGAUGUGGAGAAAGCAGUUGCAGCUGCGAAACAAGCGUUCGCCAGAGGUUCCAAAUGGCGUAAUCUGGAUGCGUCCGCUCGCGGGAAACUCAUGAAUAAAUUCGCGGAUUUGAUCGCGCGGGACUUGGAGUAUAUCGCCACCCUUGAAACGUUAGACAAUGGAAAAGCCUACUCGAAUGCAGUUUUCGACAUAGAAGCGAGUAUAGAUACGAUUCGCUAUUAUGCCGGAUGGUGCGACAAAAUUUUUGGAGACACUAUCCCAGCAGACGGAAAUUAUGUCUCGCUAACGCGUAAGGAACCAGUCGGAGUGGUGGGACAGAUUAUCCCUUGGAACUAUCCUUUCCUCAUGCUGGCCUGGAAAUGGGGUCCAGCUUUGGCCACUGGAUGCACCAUUGUUUUAAAACCAGCCGAGCAAACUCCGUUAACUGCGCUUUACGCGGCGGCACUCGCUAAGGAGGCUGGAUUCCCUCCUGGCGUCGUGAACGUUGUAACAGGGUACGGUCCCACGGCUGGGGCAGCUAUAACCGAACAUCCGGACAUCCGGAAAGUCGCGUUUACCGGAUCAACCGAGGUUGGUCGGUUAAUCAUGGAGUCCGCUGCUAAGAGUAAUCUUAAACGUGUCAGUCUUGAAUUAGGUGGCAAGAGUCCUUUAGUCGUUUUCGACGAUGUUGACGUCAAGGAAGCGGCCGAGAUUGCUUACGGCGCGAUAUUCGCGAAUCACGGACAAAACUGUUGCGCCGGUUCCCGUACCUUCGUACACGCUAAGAUUUACGAUCAGUUCGUAUCGCACGCAAAGGAUUUGGCACAGAAGACGAAAGUGGGCGAUCCGUUCAAUCCCGGAACUGAACAGGGCCCGCAGAUCGAUCAAGACAUGUUGGAUAAGGUCUUAAGUUUUAUUAAAUCAGGGAAAGAGCAAGGUGCCGUGUUGCAAACGGGAGGGGAACGUCAGGGCAACGUCGGGUAUUUCAUUAAGCCUACUGUCUUCUCGAACGUGACCGAUAACAUGAAAAUCGCAACAGAGGAAAUAUUUGGGCCUGUUCAAUGCAUUUUGAAAUUCGAGACGAUGGACGAAGUGAUCGAACGAGCGAACAAUACAAACUACGGUCUCGCCGCUGGUGUACUCAGCAAAGACAUUGAUAAAGCUUUGACAUUUGCGCAAGCGGUGCAAGCUGGGAGCGUUUGGGUAAAUUGUUACGACGCCAUUACGCCUCAAACUCCAUUCGGCGGUUUCAAACAGUCGGGGAUAGGACGAGAAUUGGGUGCGGAGGGGUUGAAGGAGUAUCUCGAGACUAAAACGAUAUCUAUCAAAGUGCCAUCGCGUUGUUAAGAGCGACAUGCUCAAUUGUCCGGUUCAUACAAGUUUCUACAAUUUUUGUUUUAGAAUCUUUCACUUAUGUAACAUUAAUAAAGUAAUAUGAUGGAUGAACAA